AAUCGGUUGGUGGAUUUUAAUGGAAUUGACCAAUCGCAAAUUGUCCGUAAAUUUAACAACAAAUACGGGCAAUUCCAAUGAAAUAAUCGGCCGAUUACAUUAACCGAAGUUGGUGUGACUCCAAAAAGAAUAGGCCCAACUAGCAGGAACACAUGACGUAGCGGUUUUUUCCAAAAUGGCACAUUCCUGAUUGCUCGGUUAGAUUAGGUUAGGUUAUCACCGGUGAUACGCAUGCAAAUUUUCCAGCAGUUCAUUCCUGUUUAUUGUGACACGCGACUCGGGAUAUGGGCCUGCAGGACGUCGUGUACACGGCGAUCAUUACACCGUUCAAUGUUCUUCACAAAACGAGCGCGGGAGCUGCCUCGUUCGCUUGGAACGCGGCUUCGUCGGCGGGUAAUUACCUGGGUGUGAAACCGAAAGUCGAGGUAAAAAUGCCAGCACCAGUACCUUUAUGGAAAUUGGCUGCGGCCAGUGGUCCAUAUGUGAGACUUGCAGCUCUUAGCGGUGCGGCGGCUGUGAUUCUCGGUGCCAUUGGAUCCCACCGACAUUACACUAAAGACGAAGUAGGGCAGGAACAACGUCGUAUCUUCGAAACGGCGAAUCGGUAUCACUUCAUACACACUUUGACCUUGCUGGGAUUACCGUUAUGCAGAGUCCCAGCCGUGGCUGCAACAUUCUUGAUGUCCGGGAUCAUACUGUUUUGUGGUAGCUGUUAUUACACCGCGUUUACUAAUGACAGACGAUUCAGCGCAACUACACCAAUCGGGGGAUUUUGUUUUAUACUGGCAUGGUGCAGUAUGUUUCUGUAAUGUAAAUAUUAUUGUAAAAUAAGCUUUUUCAUACUGGUUCAGCAAUAAUACACGAUAUAAAAAAGGGGGGAAACAUACUUAGCAGUAUGUUAAAGAUUUACAAAAGAAAAAACAUUUACAAAAAUAUAACUUUUGAACAUAUGAAUGUAAUUCGGCAAUUAUAGAUUGAUUUUAUUUCUAGAGAAUAAGUAAACAUAAAUAAAAAAUAUAAUUUUGGGAUUAUUAAAAUGGAUUUUAGAUAUUUCUUAGAUAACGGUGGCCUCUUGUUGCAAUCCUUGAUGUGUUUCGUUUGAUGCGAAAGUACAUUCCUUUGGUUAGUAAAUUUAUGUGAUACCUGUAUGUUUAUUGAAGGCUUUUAAAGAAAAAAAAUAAACAAAAAUCUUCCAAUGUAAAUAAAGUAAAAUUCGUUUAUACUACUGAAUCGAUAUAAAUAUAUCUUCUGUUUAUAAUAUUCAUGACAUAGGUUUGGAUCGCGUAUCCUGAACUAUUACACACUUUAUAAUGAUGCAUCUAUCAAGUCUUCCUUGCGUCCUCCUUGCGUAUUCCUUGAUUUUUCUGCGUAUAAUUAAUAUACUACACUCGCGAUUCGUCAUCAUACAAAAUUCUGAUAAAAAGUAACUGAAAAGUUCUAAUAAAAAAUAAUGCAAACGCUUUGAAAACAUAACUGUGAUAAUAUAUAAAUACAGAUAAGAUACAGCGACAUGUCAGCGUACAAUGUAUCUCGAAAAAAAAAAGAAAA